AUGUCUCGAGUUAUUCCGCGAUAUUUAUUGGGUGAAUUAUUCAAGUUUUUGGUGCGUCGUGUUCCGCGUUUAGCUUCAAGAUGGACGGAUGCUAAACAGAAGGAAAUGAUGUAUCAUUUACCUUCAGGUGUAGUGCUUCGAAAAAUUCGUGGUGCUUUAUUAGAUUUAUCGAAACGUGAUAGUAUCUACGGUUGGAGGACGGAAUAUUUUCACGCUACUCCUCUGAUUGAUUCACUUGUCAGGCGAGUAAGUGAGAGUGUGAAAGUGAGUGAGAGUGUAUGUGAUUUAAAUUCUCACUCAAAUUCUCAUAAAAUCAUUGUGUGUACAGUGCGACGAUACCAAGAAUUGUGUAACGAAGAGGAGCGUUACGAUUUCAAUGAAGAAGGACGCACAGAUUCCGACGAUCACGACAUAGAUGAUACUCCUAAAGCCGAAGGUCAUCCAAAAACCGAUUGCUGGAUCGAUACGCGAGCCCCGGUAGUGAUAAAGCCCUGGGAAAUCAAGAUAACGGGUCCAUCGUAUCGAAUCGACGAGGAAAUAGGGGACCAGGCGGUUGCAGGACCUUCAGGGAUCGCUAGAACAUCGGGAGUACGUCGUUUGAAUUUUGAAAUCAGCGAUUCCAGCAGUGAAAGCAGCAGCAGUAGCAGUAGUGAAGAAGAGAUCAGUGAAGAGGAGAGAGAUGAAUCUGAUCACAAUGUAGAUCAUGAUAAUGAGGCUGAUGAUGAGCUGGAAAGGAUCGAGUGGGAGGAUGACGAGGAACAAUUUUCUGAUGCCUCUGAAACCUCUGAAGCCGAUUCAGUUCACCAAACCGGCGGAGGAGAAGAAUGGGGUGAUAUUCUGCCACCAGGCCAACGCUUCCAGAUUUUAAGCGAAAGGGCGCGCUACUUUCGCCGUUUCAAAACACGAGGACGGGAAAUUGUAUUAAAACUGAGGAAACCUCUCGAAAACGCGGACCAGUUUUCUUGGAUUCAGGGAGCGAUGCGAGACGUUAUGACUCAUCUCACGGAAUCAUGCGAGCCUCACGAUUACGCUGGACUGGAAAUCAAUUCUCCAGGAUUUUCUCAAGGAGCAGCGUGGCUAUCUUUUCGACCUAUAAUCGCGAUAAUUUAUGUUUACCUCGAUCACUUGUCACCGCCUAUGCUUACGCUGACCGAGGAGAAUUGCGUACAGGAGAAUUGCAUAAAAAUUGGCAAAAAAUACGCGAUUCUCGACGAGAAUAUCAACGCUCAGAGGCAAUAA